UGUGUGUGUGUGUGUGUCGUCCUGCAGCAAUCGAGCAGAGCAUCGAGCAGGAAGAAGGUCUCAACAGAUCAUCAGCGGACCUCAGGAUCCGUAAGACACAGCACUCGACGCUGUCCCGUAAGUUUGUGGAGGUGAUGACUGAGUACAACACCACGCAGUCCAAGUACCGCGACCGCUGUAAGGACCGCAUCCAGAGACAGCUGGAGAUCACUGGGAGAACCACCACCAACGAAGAACUAGAGGACAUGUUGGAGAGUGGCAAGCUGGCCAUCUUCACCGAUGAUAUCAAGAUGGACUCUCAGAUGACCAAGCAGGCUCUGAACGAGAUCGAGACCCGACACACCGAGAUCAUCAAGCUGGAGAACAGCAUCCGAGAGCUGCACGACAUGUUCGUGGACAUGGCCAUGCUGGUGGAGAGCCAGGGAGAGAUGAUCGACAGAAUUGAGUACAACGUGGAACACUCCGUGGACUACGUGGAGCGAGCCGUCUCCGACACCAAGAAGGCCGUCAAAUACCAGAGCCAGGCCCGCAAGAAGAAGAUCAUGAUCAUCAUCUGCUGCGUCAUCCUGGGCGUGGUCCUGGCGUCGACCAUCGGCGGCACGCUGGGCUUCUAAGACGCUCCGCCGCCAGCCACCGUGACGACCGACACCGACCAACCGUCCGACCGCCAGCAGAGAAAAGAAACACAGACGACGACGACGACGACACAAAAACUUGAAACACAAAUGCAAGACAGAUAACCAAUCAGCUAGGAAGAGAUACCGAACCAAUCACAGCUAGAGGAAACACCACGGGGUUGGGUGGGGUCAAAAAACAAAGACAAAAAAAACACAAUAAAAACGCCAUCACAAUAUAGCUGACGUAAAAACACAACAUAUACGAGAAGAGGGUAGAAAUAAACCUCCUAUUUAUUACA